AGGGGUGCAAUCGGUAACGGCUCGAUGUUGCUGGCGUAUCGGCCCAAGGAGAGCACUCGCACAGCCACUCACCUCUGGCCGCAACCUACCAUCCAGAUUUCUUCCCGAUGGCCCUCGAGUGAGUAAUGCACACGGCCAGUGGCCCCAAUCAAUUUUUAGAGCUGGCGGAAUAUGCUCAAAAUAAACAAGAAACUGAAAAAGAAGAAGCACAAGAAAGGUAAGGACGAGGAACUAUUCACCCAGGAAGAGUUAGAGCAGUACAAGAAAAAGCUCGCAGACAAAGCGAGGCUCGAAGAGGCGGUCGCCCAGGGAACCAGCGGCAGCGCCGUCGAGGACGCUGAAGAUAUCCCUGACGACGUUUUCGACCCUCGUGCCGUCGAAGACAAACCCGAGGCAGAGAAGCACGAGAACAAAGAUGAGUGGGACAAAUUCAAGGCGCUAACUGCUGGGGUAGAUGACAUCUUAUCGGCAUCCAAGGGAAAACUUGAAGAAAUAAAGAAGGAGAGUUUCUAUCAACGCAAACCGCCAGGACCAUCUGAGCCUGAGAGAAAGAAACCUCCACCUCGUCCAGAGGCACCUAAAGUUCCACCACGACCUACUCAGCCCGUUGCGGAAGAAAAUUUUGAGGAAGAAUUAAGAUUCCAAGAGCCCGAGGAGUCUCCCGAAGAAGAAGAGGACGAGGACGACAUCUUUGACACUACGUAUAUUGACGCUGUAACUAGUGGAGAAAUCAAACUUGCUUACAUCCCUGAGAGUCCUCCUCCUGAACCUGAAGACGAUCCAUUUGAUACCUCGAUUGUUGAUCAAGUAAUUAAACCUAAGGAAAUAGUAACUAAGGACGGCAAAAAGAAAACACUUGUUAGUCUUGGGUGCGCUGUUGAUGUAUUGACAGGUGUUCUCGACAAGAAUGUAACAAAGGGUGUGGUGGUGCACACUGGUAGCAUUAAAAAGAGGAGAGUGCAGCCAAGAGAUUUGCUUCUAGAAGGUGAAGGCAUAGUUCCAACUGAAGACAUAUUGGUUCAAUCUCCAACAAAAACAGCUCUUGACGAAGGAGCUCCAGAGGAUCUUCCAGACACUGCUAUUCCGGUUGCUUUAGCACCGAUCUCUCCAGCUAAGAAACCAGAACCAGAGGCAAAGAAAGAAGACAAUAGCGAGCUCUUGAGUUUAGUUGCCGAGUUUGAUGUCAUCAGCACAACUCCAGUAGAGGAAGUGCAGCUAGAACUUGAGGAAGACGAAGACGAUGAGUUUGCUGCAUUGGCAGCAGAAUCCUUGAUCAAGCACGCCGAUCCGUUUGACACAUCAGUAGCUGUCAAAGCACUCGGUGAGGAAAAGAAGCCUCCUCUGUCGCCUGACGUUGACGUAAUACUCAGUGAAUGUCCUGAGGAUCCAUUUGACACGUCACACGCUGAAAACCUUGCACCUGGGAAACUUGAGCUCCAAAUUAUCGAGAGUGAAAUUCUCGGUGACGUUUCAGUUCAAAUAGACAUUGACGACGACGAUUUUGAUCCAAGAGCCGACGAAAAUCCGACGGUUACUGAAAAUCCAACAAUAUCUGUGUCCGCACCAGUAGAAUCUCCAGUUGAAGCUAGCGUGCAACUACGUCAGCAGCACCGGGAUUUGCUUGGUGGAAGUAGCACUGAUUUAGCUAAUCUCGUUCACGACCCUAUUGAACCAAAAUUAGGGGAAGAAGACAGGGAAGUUGACCCGUUUGACACGUCUACUGUAGUUGAUCUAGCACCAGGCAAGCUUGAGCUCCAGAUUCUUGAGCAGGAGCUUUUGGACGACGUCGACAAUACUGAUUUUGACCCAAGAGCUGACAGCAAAGAAAUAAAUUUGAUUGUCGAAGAAAAUUUGGAAGUUGAUAUUGGUGUAAUUGCGAAACCACUGACACCUCAGCCAGAGCAAGAGGUCAUAGCUGAAGAUCCGUUCGAUACAAGCAUUGCUGAAAAUUUAGGACCUGGUAAAGCAGAACUUAGGUUUAUUGAAAACGAGCUAGCAAACGCAGAGUUCAACGAGACGGUGGCAAUACCAAUACAACCUAAAGUUUUGCCACUUGAUAUUUUGGACAACUCAAAAGACGAGGACCAAGCUCCUCACAAGCCACUAACCCCAGCACUAGAAACAGCCCAACCACUUGCCGAUCCUUUUGACACGACACAGGUAAGCACAGUUCUUGUGCCUGGACCAGCAGAGCUUCGUUUACUAGAAAGUGAACUGAAACUUGACGAGCCAGCCCCUAAUCUUCCUCCAGGCUACUCAGAUACCGACUUCAAUCCACGGGAAUCCGAAGAAAAAGAUAUCGAAGAAAAGGAAAUUGAAGCACCUAAAGAAAAACCGGAUUUUCUAACAAGCGAGUUUGACCCUGAAGCCCCUCACAGGCCACUAAGCCCUCAGGGAGCUUGUGCUGCUGAACUUGAAGUUGACCCGUUUGACACCUCAUUUGCCAGUACCCUGUUGCCAGGGAAGACUGAAUUGAAGUUGCUUGAAAAAGAAAUUAUGUUGAUCAAAAUGGAUUUCGCUCAAGGGGGAAACCCCUUCCUGAUGUCUGAUGAAGACUAUGCGAUGCCAGCAGCUGACAAUUCUAUGGCAUCAAACCCUUUCUUGGCAGGAGAUUUCUCAAUGCCUCCUGCUGACUCUGCCUUAAACCCAUUUCUCAUGGGAUCAGGGGAUUUCGAACCAGCAGAAGCAAAUGCUGCUGCCACAAAUCCUUUCGCUAUGUUUGGUAUCGAAGAAGACCCACCUCAACCUCAAGCGGCAGUUACAGCUCCAGACGUGGAUUUUUUUGGAGGAGAAUUGGAUUCGCGACCCGAUUUUUACGCCUCUCAACAGCCUCCUGCUCAAGAUGCCCUUAUGUUUAGUCCAGAAGCCCCACCCCCGAGGCCAGCACCUCCUGUGGUCACUGCUGCUGUUCCAACCUCAUUAGCACUUUCUGGUGUAGGGGUUGAUUACCAAACCGAACCACGUAUGCAGCAAACACACGAUGAAGUUUCAAUUCCAACCAGACCUCCACCACCUCGGUUGGCUCCUCCCUCCAAUGAAACUGUACAAUUAAUUCAAAAGGUAACGGGGACAAUGGAUGCAAAUUCUUCAGAGCUUCUGGACAGACUUUCUGCCACCAGAACUCCAAGUCCAACACCUAUGAGAGAAUUGAACUCUCUUAGCCCAACAUCAGAUAUGCUCAUUGAAGAACCAGACCUCAUGAUGGACACAAGCCCAGCAGCACCACCACCUUCGGCAAACAUUAUUCCUGAUCAAUCAGAAACAAUGGCUAGUUUCAUGACUGAACAACCACAACCAAAUGCGAACUUCAUUCAGGAACAGCCACAACCAAAUGCGAACUUCAUCCACGAACAGCCACAACCAAAUGCGAACUUCAUCCAGGAACAGCCACAACCAAAUGCGAACUUCAUCCAAGAACAGCCACAGCCAGUUGCUACAUUCAUUCAAGAACCUCCUCAGCAAGUCUCAAACUUUAUUCCAGAACAACCACAACCAGUCGCAAACUUCAUUCCAGAACAACAGUCAAAUGCGAACUUCAUCCAGGAACAGCGUCAACCAGUAGCUAGUUUCAUUCCUGAAGAGCCACAAACAGCUUCAAACUUUAUGGACAUCUUUGGAGGUGGCAGCGUCCCUAUGGCCGAAGAAGCACCUUUGCAAAUUGAGACCGUGCAGCACGAAUCAGCGCAUAUCAUACAUCAAGUUGAACCAACUCCACCACCACCACCAUCAAAACCAGACGUAUUUGGACUGUUUGGAGAUCCUUCUGCUGGACACCACGCACCUCCACCAAGGCCCGCCCCACCUGCUGUUGUCAUGCAAUUGACUCCACCAGAGGAAGCUAAUUUGAUUGGCGACCUAACAUCUCCAGGUAACACAACACAGACGCAGUCCACACAACCACCAAUUGCUUUUGCAGCCGAACCCAGGAGGCCUCCACCCCCGAAAGUACCACCUAGACCAAUAAGCCCUGCUGCUCCUCAACCCCCUACUGCUUUCCCUCAAAAUGCUAGCUCACCAUCCCUUGAAGUUGCGCCAGUGCCACCACCUGUGACUGCACCCGUUUCAAUACAAGCACCAUUUUCAUCACACAUAGAAACGGCUACCCGCGCGGCUAACACAGCCGAGGACGAUGAGUUCGAUUCCUUCAACGAUGCAUUUGCGGCCAAAUUUGAUAAUGCUGGAGGUGACAAAAAAGAAGGUGGUGAUGCAUUUUACAAUGCGUUUGGAGCAUCUGUAGGAUUGGAAGAAGGAGAUGGUGCUUGGGGAAACGACUCGUGGGAAGGAACAGGAGAAAUGGGUUUCGGAGGAGAAGAUGAACAGUUUGACGCAUUCCUCGCCAUGAACGCUCCACCCGUACCUAAACCUGUGCCAGCGAGAGCCAAACGCCAAGAAUCUGGAGACUCAGAUGAAGGGGGAACGGACUUCUCUGUAGUCAUCAGGGGCCAGGACAGUUUUUCAGCCCAUUCUGGUGGUACCGUGCCCACGCUCGCGCCACCACCAAAAAGCCCAGUUCAAGCAGCCUACGCUGAUAACACCAUGCGCAUAAAUCCAUUUGACAGCCAAGAAAUGCCAGCAAGUGAAGCGGUUCCACAGCCAAGGACACCGCCCCAAGAUGUCCCUAUUUCAACGACAUACCAGCGAACUGAUUCUCAAGAAACCCCACCUUCACCAUUAUUUGACGAAGACAUGUCACAACCAUUGGAAGAAUUCCCACGAGUUAACUACACUGGUGAUGGUUGGGAAAUGCAUUUGAGACAGCCAAACAAGAAAAAAAUAACUGGACAAAGAUUCUGGAAAAAAGUUUUCGUCAAACUGGUUUAUCAAGGCGAAAAUCCAGUUGUGCAGCUAUUCAAUACCAAAGAUGACAGAGAUCCUUUCCAAGAGUUGCCAUUGCAAGCAUCAUAUUCAAUCUCGGAUAUUGGCGCACAGCAGUUUGAUCAAUAUGGGAAAAUAUUCACCGUGAAGUUACAAUUUGUGUUUUACAAAGAGCGACCAGGCGUGCGACCAGGUCAAGUGAAAAAGGCUGAAAGAAUUACGGAUCGGUUGACUAAGUUUGCGGCCUACGCGAUACAGGGAGACUACGAAGGUGUAAAAGAGUUUGGAAGCGAUUUGCGGAAACUUGGAUUGCCCGUGGAACACGCUCCUCAGAUUUCGCAACUUUUGAAACUCGGUUCCCAAGAUUACGAGACAAUGAAACAGUUUGUGGUGAGCAUGGAAGAGGCCUUCUUCAAAAUCCCAGCUCACAGGGACCGAACCCUUACUUACAAAAUGGAAGAAGUCCAAAUUACUGCUGUUGAUGAGUUGUAUCUCGAGCAGGAUGUACACGGUCGCGUUGGCCGCCAAAUUGCCCGAGUUAGAAUAUUAUUCCUUGGAUUUAUAAACGGAAUGCCUGACCUGGAAUUGGGAGUGAACGAUAUCAACCGGCAAGGAAAAGAAGUCGUUGGACGCCAUGACAUUAUUCCUGUAAAGACAGAAGAAUGGAUUCGAUUGGAGAAACUCGAGUUUCAUAGUUGUGUUCUCAAUAGCGACUACGAAGGCGAAAAAGUCAUCAAGUUUAAACCGCCAGAUGCUAGUUACAUUGAGCUUCUCAGGUUCAGGGUGCGGCCUCCUAAGACGAGAGAACUGCCUUUGCAAACAAAAUGUACAAUUUGCAUUAACGGCAACAGGGUGGAAUUGAAAUGCGAUAUUCUUGUACCUGGUUUCUCAAGUCGUAAACUUGGUCAAAUACCAUGUGAAGAUAUUAUGUUGAGGAUCCCCAUACCAGAGAGUUGGAUUUAUUUGUUCAGGAUUGAGAAACAUUUCAGAUAUGGAUCUGUCAAGUCUGCGCACAGACGCACUGGCAAAGUCAAAGGACUGGAGCGAAUUUUGGGCACCGUCGACACCUUGGAUCAGUCACUGAUCGAGGUCACCUCUGGCAGCGCCAAAUACGAGCACCAGCAUCAUGCCAUUGUAUGGAGGAUUGCGAGACUGCCAAAAGAAGGCCAAGGUGCCUACACAAACCACGAGCUUGUCUCCAAGUUCACCCUGACAUCGUUUGACCAGAUCCCAGAAGAGCUGGCCAAGUACUGCUGGCUUGAGUUUACCAUGCCGUCGACCCACGCGUCGCACACUACGGUUCGGUCGUUGUCUGUCCUCGGCGAUCGCGACGAGGAUCCGCCUGAGAAGUGCGUGCGUCAUCUGGCACGCUGCGAGUACCGCAUUGAAAUCGAGCAGAUCCAGCCGGUGGGAUUGAACGAGUACGUGGCCGCCACCAGGGUCAAGCCGAAGGAAGAACCCGUGGCCGAGGUGGCCGAAAAAGAGUCGGACAGCGACAGCAGCAGUUAAAAGACUCUUCUCAUCUACUUCCUAGCGUUAUUAUUAUAAUAUUAUACGCCCUUUCCAUGCAGCUAAUCUCGUGUGUAACAAGUGAUCUGCCAGAAUCACGUAUUUAUAUAAAAAAGCACCAAAGUGUAAUGUUGUUGUUACAAAUAAUAACGGUCACCAAACGCGGAGGAGCCAAAUUUUAAUUGUUGACGAGUUUGUUGUAUUGUAAUCAGGUCCCAGUGAUAUUUGGAGUGUUCUGUACCGAGAGCGCAUCUCAAUACUCAUUCUCUCUACGCAAAUACUGUUGUUAAACUAGUGGUUAAAGCUCACUCCUGUUUAGGUACCUCAGGUGCUGUUUUGCAUGAUUUAUUAACGUUAUUUGCUUAGCCUGCCAGAUGUUGAAAGUGCAAAGGAUGAUCAAAGCGGCAUAUAUGGCUUGUUUGAGUUUUCUGCACGGCUCUAUAAAUCGCAGAAGUGGGGAGAAGCAUUUUGUAUGAGGCCGCUUCUGCAACGAAUCAGCGAGGUCAAAAGAUAAAGAGGUUAUAUACAUUAUUAAGAUAUUCCAAGCACUUCAAAGAUCCGAUUAAAAUUAUUUUGCUGCAUAUUCAAUCUCAAAAUCGUACUUAUGCAUUGUGCAUGGUUCUCCACCACACAACCGUUUCCCUGAGUUGCUGAAAUUUUGUGUUUAAAAUGCCGCUUCUAGAGUUUGGUGUAUGAUUUGUUCAGGACCAGAAAAAAUGUUGACGUUAAAGGCUGAUUCAAAGAAGAAGCAGCCGUUAAGUGUUGUCAAAACCAGCAGUGUGACAAUAUUGGGUACAUGACCAUGUGCGCACACUAUGUGUCGCUGUGCGAGUUGCUAUUCUCUUAGGCGUUUCAAAUUGUAACAAACAUAAAUUAAUACUGGAAACCCCGAUAACUACUGAUGUGUGGUAGGGCACAGGCAAGAGCGGUGCCAAUAACGAAACAAACCUAGCAUAAAAUAAAAAAAAUGAUGCGCAUCUAGAGAAUUCUAUCCGAUCAACAUUGGGCUCUCUGAGGUUGCUUUCGAAGGGAGAAAAAUAUGAAAUGAAUAACUCGGCUGUAAAUUUGGUUUAGAGUAUAAGACAAAAAUUAAUGCUUUAGAAAUAUUGUUUGAGUGCGGUUUGAAAAAAUGAGCAAUAUAUAUUUAUUCAAAAUCAAGUUUAAGGUUUACGAAUAGUAGAAAAUAUUGCAAAUAUAUUGAGGUAGCUGAGUAUUACAUAAAAAUUCAUGUCGUUGGAAGGUAGCAGCAAAAAUUUAACUUCUUGAGAGCAUAGGAUAAAAGUUCCUGGAUGUUUUCCCCCUGCCCAAACAGGAACCACUAUUUCUCCUGUUUCUGCAACAAGAGCUGCAGCGAGGGAUGCUAAUGUAUAAAAACAAAAUUCUCUCAUUUGGAAAAUCAUGUGUUAUAAGUUGAGUGCUUUGUAAAUCGCUUAAUUAACACUCUAAACCGAUGUAAAUGUGCAAUCUCUAAAACAGCGACCGAAUCACAUCUCGCACGUAUAAUUGAAAAAUACACCUAUAUGUAUGAUAUAAUUCCGUAACAUUAGUGUAACCACUAGAGGCACGCCAUGCGCAACUGCUAAUCAGAGCGCUCGGUGUUACUAUGGUAAAGAGAGAUGUGAUAUAAAUAGAUAUACCAUCAUCUUUUUCAAUUUUUGUGUUGCAUUCCAGUCGCAAUGGUGCUCUGCCACCUUGUGAACGUCAGCAAUAUACCAAAGAUAAAAGAUAAUGCUGUAAAAACAUCUAGGCUUAAGAUUCUCAAAGUUUGAGUGACCAAAUGUAUCUCGUAAAUAUAUAUUUUGGAUUUUUGCUUCAGUUUCACGUUAAGUCUCCUGCCGAGUCGCGAAGGACCAGUCUUGGUCCUCUCUCGUGCUUGAGGGAAAUGAGUCCGAUCUAGUCACGAUCACUUUUGGAUGAAAAGCGUCGCCAUUCAAUGAUUACAUACUGAAUAAUAUUAAGAGAAAAAAUAUCAUUCGCCGUAGAAUGUAAAAAAAUGUUGAUUUAUUAUAUUGUAAGUAAUAAUUGUACAAUAUCUAAGUGGAGUAUUGAGAGGAUAGUUCGAUCCAGACAAUACUUUUUGUUUCCAAAUAGUAUGUAUAAAUGUCGGUUUGCAAUUUCAUUUCCAUAUUCUUUUGAACGUUCCUUUCAAUAAGUGCACAAUCAUUGUAUAUAUAUAUAAACUCUUAAGAUCUCUAAUUUUUAUUUUCAAAAUUCCAAGUAAAAUGUCUUUAGUGCAUUUGUGAGUUUAUUCAUCGUAAUACUUAAUUGGUUUGAUUGGCAGAAGUGAACAUGAGUGCAGUUGUUAAAAAGGUAUCACACACAUGUAUAUAUUAUUCAGGAUGAUGUUGUACUAGUGAAUGUUACGGGAGACCGCACGGUAAAAUACUGUGGCACAAUUCAUAGAGUGCUCAAUACUUGACUGGGUAUUUGAGCGGGUUUAGGUUGUAUUCUAUCUAUAUAGUUUCACACAAGGGCCCUUCAUCUGGAGCCCUCAAUAUUACGAAUAAUAUUAUAAUACCAAGAUCCAAACCAUUUUCUCAUUUAAAGAUUGAUGUGAAUUGUUUCCAGUAAAAAGCAACUAUACAAAGUAAUUAAAACGCAAAACACUGUAAUGUAACACACACGCUGUAGAAAUUAACCCGAGGGAAUUCAGUAUUUGUGCUAGUGAUCAGUGUUAUCAUCAUCAUGUUCUAACAAAUGAUAUGAAUAUAAUAAAACAAAUUAAAAGUGGAGGUGUAAGAAUCCAUUAAAA